CGCGCUCACCACUGGGAAAGGGAAGGGGGCGGGCCCUGCGCGAGGCAUUUUGGGAACGCGUGGUAUUCUGGGAGCGCGGGACCCGCCAUUCGCUUGUCUCACGCUUCGCAGUCGGCAGAGUCGCCGCCGCACCGGGAAAGAGGAGGAGACCUGAGGCGUUUCAGAACUUGCAGUGGUUACUGUUUUGGACAGCUCAGGUCUACGUCCUACGUUCUCAAGAAUUCUCUUCCUGCCGAGAUGUCUAUUGGUGUGCCGAUUAAAGUCCUACAUGAGGCUGAGGGGCACAUUGUGACCUGUGAGACGAACACGGGAGAGGUGUACCGAGGGAAGCUCAUUGAAGCCGAGGACAACAUGAACUGCCAGAUGUCUAACAUCACAGUCACAUACAGAGACGGCCGAGUGGCGCAGCUGGAGCAGGUGUAUAUCCGUGGCAGCAAGAUCCGCUUUCUGAUUCUGCCUGACAUGCUGAAAAACGCACCCAUGUUAAAGAGCAUGAAAAAUAAAAACCAAGGCUCAGGAGCCGGUCGGGGAAAAGCUGCAAUUCUGAAGGCCCAAGUGGCUGCGAGAGGGAGAGGACGUGGAAUGGGCCGUGGAAACAUUUUCCAGAAGCGAAGAUAAAUUUAUCUGUUGGACAGAACUUUGCCCUCAUGUUUUCUUUAGGUUAUCUGGAUGUGAGGCAGGAAGGUGUGUGCUGGUGUAUAUGUCCUAGGUUAUUUGGCAUCUCUUUCUUUAGAUCAGGGGAAAUGCUACACUAAAUAAAUUUUUUUUUUUCUUUUUGAGGA